UUGCCUCCACAGUCCACAGUAUUGAUUGCCAACGAAGCAGCGGAGGCACAGCAGAACUCGRCACUGCCCCAUUCUGGUGGAGGCGGCAGCGGUACUGGAGCCGGUGGUGGUGGUGGCGGCGGUGGCGGUGGUGGUGGCACGCCCAGCUCUCCGCUCAGCAGCUCACCGUCCAGCGUUUCAGUCGCCCCAACAGCAGCAGCCGCGCUCAACGGCAACAGCAACAGUAAUAGCAUCUCGAACGAUGGCAACGUCUCGGGCAACACAUCACCUAUUGCCAGCGGUGAGCCGCUGCUGCAAACACCACCAACUGCACAGCAACAACAACAACAACAGCAGCAGCAACAGCAACAACAACAGCAGCAACAACAGCAACAGCAGCAGCAACAGCUCAACUUAAGCAGCAGUCCCACAGCAACCACCUCGGUGACAGCCAGCUCCAUAGCUUCGGGCGCAUUGGCCGCCACCAGCAGCAGCGUCUCGUCAGGAAUACUGCCCACAGCCGGUCUGGAUAGUAUUGCCAACUGCGGCCAGCCCGCCAGCACCUCCCAGGUGCUAGCUCACAUGAACGCCGUCAGCGGAAUCAUAACUGCGGCCGUGCAAUCACCCAAUGUGGUAACUAGUCUAAACCAGUCGGUGUCCUCGUCGGUGGCCGCCGCCGUGGCCGCUGCUGCAUCGCUGGAUGCCAAGAGUCAGCCCAAGCGCUUGCACGUCUCCAAUAUACCGUUCCGCUUCAGGGAUCCCGAUCUGCGUGCCAUGUUUGGGGUUUUUAAUUGCAUGUUUGAUUGCGAAUGGCAGGGAUUCGGUUUUGUAACAUUCGCUAACAGCAACGAUGCAGAACGAGCACGCGAACGUCUACACGGCACCGUGGUUGAGGGACGCAAAAUCGAGGUGAAUAACGCCACUGCACGUGUACAAACCAAAAAAGUGACAGCAGUACCCAACGGUAAGUUGCUCUAACCCACACACGCACACGUUUAUAUAUACACACGCACACACCACACACACACACAUGUAUAACACCUAUAUUGAACUAAGUGUAAGCUAUGUAGCGAAACAAGUUUAAAUGUUGAACAAAGAAAUGCAAUUACGGCUGGCCUAGAACAACUAUAAGAAAUGAGAAGCACGCAAAAGGCAACUUAAAUAACAACAGCAACAACAACAAUAAAAACUUGAACA